AUGUCGGCUUCCAAGGGCCCAUUUGCCCCCGACUAUGCCUCGUAUAACUGGACCGGUGCCCCUUCGAACUUCAACCUCACCACAAAUGCAAAUCUGGGCGGCAAUUCCCGCGUCGAAAACCUCAACAAAUGGUUCCAAUCUGGCGACCAGGCGUACAUCCUCGUCGCCUCCGCAAUGGUCAUGGUCAUGGUACCAGGACUGGGCUUCCUCUACUCCGGGCUCGCUAGACGCAAGUCCGCCCUCAGCAUGAUAUGGGCCUGCAUGGGUUCCACGUCCAUUGUGGCUUUCCAGUGGUACUUUUGGGGUUAUUCGCUUGCCUUCUCGCCCACGGCAACCAACGGGUUCAUUGGCAAUAUGCGUUAUUUCGGCCUUAUGAAGACACUGGGUGAUCCUAGUCCUGGCUCUCCGCUGGUGCCGGGAUUGCUAUUUGCUUUUUAUCAGAUGCAAUUCUGCGCUGUUACUGCCGCUAUCAUCGUGGGAGCGGUAGCUGAACGUGGCCGUCUGUUACCGGCUAUGGUCUUCAUUUUUUUUUGGGCAACGCUAGUAUAUUGCCCUGUCGCCUGCUGGGUCUGGAAUAUCAACGGGUGGGCAUUCAAAUACGGCGUCUUGGAUUAUGCAGGUGGCGGACCAGUCGAAAUCUGCUCUGGUAUGUCUGCUCUCGCGUACUCAAUGGUCUUGGGCCGACGCCAUGAGCGUAUGAUGCUUAAUUUCCGCCCCCACAAUGUUUCGCUGAUCCUGCUGGGAACUGUCUUCCUUUGGUUUGGAUGGUUGGGUUUCAACGGUGGUUCAUCCUUUGGAGCGAACCUGCGGGCAGUCAUGGCGUGCUGGAAUACGAACCUGACUGCCGGCUUUGCUGCUGUAACCUGGGUGCUCCUUGACUGGCGACUGGCUCGCAAAUGGUCAAUGGUUGGCUGGUGUUCUGGCACCAUUUCCGGUCUUGUUGCUGCUACACCUGCCUCGGGUUUUAUUCCACCAUGGGCCAGCGUAGUUCUUGGAAUCGUGACGGGAGUCGUAGCCAACUACAGCACCAAAAUUAAAUACUGGAUCCGCAUCGACGAUUCCAUGGAUAUCUUCGCUGAGCACGGCGUCGCCGGCGUCGUCGGCCUAAUCUUCAACGCCUUCUUCGGUACAGAUGCCGUAGUCGGCCUUGACGGCGUCAACACCGGCGCUCGCAUUGGCGGCUGGCUCAUCCACAACUACAAGCAGCUAUACAUCCAGAUCGCCUUCAUAGUCGCUGCGGCAGCAUACACCUUCGUCGUCUCCGCCAUCAUCGCCUAUGCCAUCAACAUCAUUCCGGGCCUGUGCCUGCGCGCGUCGGAAGAGGCUGAGCUGCUGGGCAUGGACGACGAUCAGCUAGGUGAAUUCGCGUAUGACUAUGUUGAGGUUCGCCGCGAUUAUCUUGCGUGGACGCCGCAGAAUCAUGUGCAGAGCCAAGAUGGUUAUGCGACACCCCGCGCACACCUUUAUGGUACGAAUGAGCAUAGUGUGAUGGCGACGGGGCCUGAUGCUAUCAAUGGAAGACCGGUUGUGGCGCCAUCAGAGUCCGAGUCUGAGGAUGCUGGGAGCCAGCAGGAGAAGUCGGUCUUGUCCGUUCCUCCUACGCCUGCUGUCGACGAGGGCGAAAAAUAA